AGCGUUUGGGCCUAUCUUUCUGGCCUAUUUAUCAAAAUGAAAAUGUCCCUCUAAUACUUGACAAAUCAAAUGAAAACCCUAGCUGGGGUUUUAUCUUUUUCUUCUUCUUCUUCCAUCGUCUCUGUUCUACAGCAACAAUGUCGAUGUCCAAGAGUUCCAAAAUGCUUCAAUUCAUCAACUACCGGAUGCGUGUCACCAUCCAAGACGGACGCCAGCUGGUUGGCAAAUUCAUGGCCUUCGACCGUCACAUGAAUCUCGUGCUCGGCGACUGCGAGGAGUUCCGCAAACUACCUCCUGCUAAAGGGAAGAAAAACACCAAUGAGGAACGGGAAGACCGUCGAACCCUUGGCCUUGUUCUUCUCCGUGGCGAAGAGGUUAUUUCCAUGACCGUCGAAGGUCCUCCUCCUCCUGAAGAGUCACGUUCCAAGGCUGCCUCCGCUAAUGCCGUCCCUGGCCCUGGCAUUGGCCGUGCUGCCGGCCGUGGCAUCCCCACUGGGCCUCUCGUUCAGGCCCAGCCUGGUCUUGCUGGCCCUGUCCGGGGUGUUGGAGGCCCCGCUCCUGGGAUGAUGCAGCCACAGAUUUCUCGCCCACCUGUUCCACAGCUCUCGGCUCCUCCAAUGGCUUACCCUUCUGCUGGUGGAGCAGCACCCAUGAUUCGGCCACCUGGCCAAAUGCCGCCUGGUUCUUACCCGGGACAGCCACAAGCACCUCAGAUGCCACGUGGGCCGCCUCCUCAGGUACCACCACCUGCUUUUGGAGUAAGGCCACCUCCUCAAUUCCCAUUGCCACCACCACAAUUUGGUCAGAGGCCGAUGGUUCAACCUCCUGGACCAAUGAUGAGAGGGCCUCCAGCUCCACCACCUCCAAGGCCUGGAAUGCCUGCUCCACCUCCACCACGGCCUGGAAUGCCUCCUCCGCCUGGUGCUGUUCCUGUUUUUGGACCACCACGCCCAGGAAUGCCGCCUCCACCAAACCCUCAAAACCAGCAGCAGUAGUGAUUUUGAUUUGGUAUGGCAUAUUUCAGCUUCCGAUAGCUUCUGUUGUCUAUUAUGAUGGUAUGAUUGAUAACAAUUUGAUGGUAAUAAAUAAUGUGUAAGAUUUACUAGGACUAGUUAACUAAUUUAUGAAGUGAGUCUUCUUAAGAGAUUAAAAUGCAGGUUUUCUUCGUUUGAUAUGUUUGUUUGAACCUUUGUUGCCUUAGUUGAGUCUUCCAGAGAAAAGUUCAUUUGUGUAUGUUUAUUAUGUUGAGUUUGCAUGUUACUUUGUCUUUAACAUUGUUGUCACAUUUUUCAGAGUUUUAGUGGUUUUAAUUCUGUGUUUGUAUUUCUCUAUGUUGAUUUUUCUUUCAAGUAUUAUGUUGUUUGUGUAAUAGAAAUCUGUGUUAGAGGGGAAAAGUGAAUGUUAAUAUUUUUUCAUAUGUUAAACAGAUUAUAAGUACAAUAUGUAUCAAAUGAUAUGCUCAAAUGGAAACUAACUACAUGGAUUUUCAAAUGAAAAACCAUAAAGGUGGUUGCUUGCUGUCCUGUGCAGUAGCCAUGAGACUGCCCAUAACUUGGCAGCAUGCAAGGACGGCCUUUUGCUGCAUCUGUUUGCUUCAGAGCAGCAAGUGAUGAGGGUGCCACCAAAUCAACAUGUUUCUAGUGAAAAGUAAUGUCAGAACACAAGUAAACCCACACUCAACCAAAUAAGAAAAAGGAUGCCACCAAGUAAAAAGUAGCACAGAGUAACACCUGUGAAAUAGUUCCUAAACAUUUAAAGUAUAAAGAAACCUCUAAACUGAGACCGGUUUUAAUUAGUAUUCAACACUCUUAAGUAAUGUCAAGAAAAUAUUGGAGAACAAUAAACAUGCAGGCAAGGCUAGCUGCUUUUCUUGCGGCAAUUAGAGGCUGUUAGCACUUGGUAGCAGCUGACCGAAUAAUCACAGUUGACAUUAAAAUAAUACCGACCAAAGAAAAGGCGGAUUUAAUCUCUCAGAAACUAUUUCUUUAGAUAAAGCUUCAGAUACAAUACCCUUCAGAAGAUAAUGCUCACAGAAAACAGAAUUAGAAUCAUAUUUUUAUAGAAUCUGGAAAAUGGUUUUUGAAUACUAGCAAAGGGCACCAACAUCUACAAUGCUACAACAAGAAAUGAUGAUGUCUAGGCAGCAAUGGUACUUGAAAUAAUCUGGGAGGUCUGCAGAUAAAAUUUUGCGGUUACAUAAGAACUUCAAUGAAUAAUCACCAAUACUUAGGCAACUUAGCAUUCUAUGAAGUGAUUCAUUACAGAAGAUGAAAGUUGGAUGAACUUAAUGAUUCCCAAAAAAUAAAUAAAAGAUUGAUAUAGAAAGGACAAUACAAAGAGCAUUACAGUUGUUAGAAGUGGAGACACAAAGAAGCAUUUCUUAAAAAGUGCAUAAUUUCACUUACUUUUGAUUUAUUGAUCCAAUGCUAAUUAUUCAAGCUGUUGAAGCAUUGCUGGAUCCUUUUUUCCCAAUAGUCUUGUAUCCAAAGCUCCAAACUACUUUUAAAUUUACCAAAAGACAGGGAUGAUUACACAAAAAAAAAAAAAA